AUGUUUUUUUCAAAUGGGCUGGUAAUGAGAAGAUUUGGCAAAUUGAGUGGUACUUUAACUAGAGGAAUCACAUUGCAAAAUGUCACUGUAGGGUCGUUUCGAAGAUGGCAUAGUAUAGCUGCUGAAGCAAAGUUUAAAGAAUUAAAUCCAUCCAUAGUACAGAAGGCCAAGCAGCAUUGUCUGGAUAUGAAAGCCAUGGAAACAGAGAUGUAUAACGGGGUUGUUUUUGACGAUAACAGACAGAAACUCUUUGCUAGAAUAUCUUCGAUCUCUGACUCCUAUCAAAAGUAUAACGAUAAUCUAGAACUUUAUAAAGGUUUGCUAGAUAUGAUGAAGACCGAUUUGUCAUUAAAAGAGGAUGCGGAAAAGGAAUUGGAGGAGCUCCUUCCUGAAUUGAACGCUUCAUCCAAUGUUUUACUACAAAAAUUACUCCCACCUCAUGAAUUUGCUGAUAAGCCAUGCAUUGUUGAAUUGAGACCGGGUGUGGGAGGUAUUGAGGCAAUGAUUUUUGCACAAGAUCUCCUGAAUAUGUAUAUAGGUUUUUGCAAUGCGAACAAAUGGAAGCAUCAUAUUAUAACAAAGAAUGAAAAUGAAAGUGGCAAUGGAAUAGUCGAUGCAAUUCUAAGUAUCGACGAACCUGGUUCAUAUGACAUAAUAAGGAUGGAGGUCGGUGUACAUCGUGUUCAAAGAAUUCCAGCAACUGAGACGAAAGGAAGAGUGCACACAUCCACAGCUGCGGUUGUUGUUUUACCUAAAUUAUCUGAUGGAAGUGAAAAAGAAUCCGCUGACUAUGAAAGGACGUUCAAGCCAGAUGACAUUCGAAUUGAUGUUAUGAGAGCAAGAGGUAAAGGUGGCCAGCAUGUCAACACUACAGAUUCUGCAGUAAGAUUGACACAUUUCCCUUCUGGUAUUGUGGUAUCCAUGCAAGAUGAAAGAUCACAGCAUAAGAACAAAGCAAAAGCAUUUACAAUCUUGAGAGCUAAAUUGGCCGAAAGAGAAAGAUUAGAGAAAGAAGCAAAUGAAAGAAAUAUACGUAAAGACCAAGUAACAACAAUAGAUAGAUCAGACAAGAUUAGAACAUAUAACUACCCACAAAAUAGAGUUACUGACCAUAGAAAUGGGCUUACAUUAUAUGCUUUAGACGCUGUAAUAACCGGUGAAAGACUGAGCGAAGUAAUAGAAGCCCAAACUAGACAUGAUGCUGAUUUAAGAGCGAAUCAACUAUUGAAUGAACCUAUUUCCACUGAGUAG